CCGCAUUUUCUGACUGUCAAAAUCGACGGCGACUGGACAUCUUUUUCGGUCGCAAUAGUGGUUGGUGAGCUAGCUAAAUGCUGCCGCUAUGAUACUUCCUCAGGGAUCGCUCUUGAUUGCGAGCAUAGCUGCAUGCUCGACCGUGGUAGCUGCUGCUGCGGGUGAUGCCUCGUCUCGGCCGCGAGGAGUCGGGCCUGAAUUCGCGAAGUUCUACAAGGACACCACCACAUUUACCUGUAUAUCGCACCCGUCGAUCCAGAUCCCAUUCUCCGCUGUGAACGAUGACUACUGUGACUGCCCGGAUGGCAGUGAUGAACCUGGCACGUCGGCCUGUGCUCAUCUUUCCCGCAACUCAGCAUUGACAGUUGCCGAUCGGCCGGGAAACAGCGACCUGGAGCUCGUCUCCGCGCUUCCGGGGUUCUACUGCAAAAAUAAGGGCCAUAAGCCAUCCUAUGUUCCAUCCCAACGAGUCAACGAUGGAAUCUGCGACUACGAGCUUUGCUGUGAUGGGAGUGACGAGUGGGCACGGGUUGGUGGCACCAAGUGUGAGGACAAGUGCAAGGAAAUUGGAAAGGAGUGGCGUAAGAAGGAGGAAAAGAGGCAGAAGUUCCUGACAGCUGCUCUCAAAAAGAAGAGGGAUCUCCUAGUGGAUGCGGGCAGGCAGCAGAAGGAGGUAGAGGACCAGAUAAAGAAUCUGGAAGUGACUAUCCAAGCCCAGGAGAUCAAGGUCAAGGAUCUCCAGGUCCAAUUGGAGAAGGCCGAGGAAGAAGAAAAGAGUAAGGUGGUGAAGGGUAAGAAGGCUGGCAAGGUCAACGUCUUGGCCCAACUAGCCAGAGGCCGGGUCGAGGAGCUUCGGGAUGCGCUGGUGAAUAUCCGCAAGGAGAGGGAUGAUACCCGCGCACGCGUGAAGGAACUUGAGGAGAUUUUAUCCAAAUUCAAGGUUGAGUACAACCCUAACUUCAACGACGAAGGUGUCAAGCGCGCCGUGCGCAGUUGGGAAGACUAUGCCGUCAGGGGAACUCUUGAGAGUGCUACAGACGCUGCCCAGGCCCGUGACUUGGAUGAGCUGGUCAAGCCAGACGAUGCUCAAUCUGGGAUCAAUUGGGAGCAAUGGGAGAACGAAGAUGAGGGCUGUGAGGCUGACAGUGCCUUAGUCUAUCAGCUGGCAGCAUAUCUACCCCCUUCACUGGUUGAGUUCAUCGAGACCAAAGUUGUCUCCGCCCGUGUUUUCCUCGAGGAUAAUGGUAUAUUGCCAAAGAAGGACGAGCCUACGGCUUCCGAAUCCAAGAUCGUCUCCGACACUCGGAAUGCUGUCAAGUCGGCCGAGAAGGAACUUGAAGACUCACACAAGCAAUUGGAGAACCACAAGUCGGAUCUCGAGACAGAUUAUGGUCUUGCGUCCAUUUUCCGUGCGUUGAAGGGAGUGUGUAUCUCCAAGGACUUCGGCGAAUACACAUACGAGCACUGUUUUCUGGACCAAACCAAACAGAUUCCUAAGAAGGGAGGCGGUUCUAUGCGGAUGGGCAAAUAUUCCGGCAUUGGGUCUGUUAACGUGGACGUUCUCAACGAGUCGGGCGAUGUCAUCCCAGAAGAGAAGGUCGCUCUGCAUUACACCAAUGGGCAGACCUGUUGGAAUGGACCGGCCCGAUCAACCACGGUCGUCUUGGAGUGUGGUGAAGAGAAUGAGAUUCUUAAGGUGGCUGAGGAUGAGAAAUGCGUCUACUCAAUGCUUGUUACCUCGCCGGCCGUGUGUCCCGGCGGCGAGGAAGGAAAUGCUGCCCCGAGAAGCAAGGAUGAACUGUGAGUGGUCGUACUUUACUGACAUGCUUGGGAAUCAUAUAUAGCGAUAGUUCAUAGUAGGCGAGUUUUUAUUUGACAUACAUAU